UAUAUAUAGAGUUUAUAAGGAGACCUUAUCUGAAAGUGAGAAUUGAGAAUUGAGAGUUGAGAGUGAUGAAAGCUACUACAAGUCAAGUCGCCCGCUCAAGUUCAUCAUGCGCGGCCUGCAAGUUUCUCAAACGGAAAUGCACAGACGCUUGUCUAUUCGCUCCUUACUUCCGUUCCGACGAGCCUAAGAAGUUCGCUAAAGUUCAUAAGGUCUUCGGCGCCAGCAACGUCGGAAAAAUCCUUGCUGAAGUUCCCGAGGACCGACGCGAGGACGCGGCUAAUUCUCUCGUCUACGAGGCUGAGGUUAGACUAAGCGAUCCUGUUUAUGGAUGCAUCGGCGCUAUUGCUCUCUUGCAGCAGAGGAUGAUGGAGCUCCAGCAAGAUCUGGCUGUCGCAAGAGGCAAACUGGAGAAUUGCGCCGCCGCCGCUAGAUUGGCCGCCGCCGACGAGUAUUGUCAAUCUAAUAAUAAUAAUUAUUAUAAUAAUGUACAGAAUGUUGUUGGCGGUGAUUAUGGUUAUGGUUCUUCGUCUUACCUUGGAUUUACGGAAGGCUUCGAUUGGAGUGAAUUGGGAUCGGAUCAAAUUGGUAUUGGUUUGAUAUCGGAUGGAUUUGGUCAAAUUCCAUUUCCUUUAUAACUUCUUUUAUCUCACUCUCACUUGUUUCGUAAUUAAUUAAUUAAUGCUUUCAGAUGUACUGCAUUAUGAGAUUAUUGGUAUUUAUUUGUUUAAGAAAUGGAAGUUUACUAUAAAAAAAAAAAAACAGUAAUUUAAUAUGGAUAUAAUGAGAUAAAACAUAAAAAAUAAAAUAAAAAAGAAUGAAAAAGUAAAAUAUCCAGCUUUGAGUAUUGAGCACAAAUUCCUAUUCUAUAAUAACUACAAAUACAAAUCGGAUCAGUCCAUAGCUGCCGUCUAAACCAAACUUCUUCCAAAAACAAAUAAAAUAUUAGCUCCCCCUAGAGAAGUACA